CUUGACAAAGUGUCACAAUUUAUCAUUAAGGAGGUCAUCGGAAAAGGACCAAGAGAACCGAGGGAAAUACUCUUUAGAGUCUUACUUUUCAACAUGUUUACCAGACCGGCGACUUGGGAAUACCUUGAAGAAGAGUUGGGUCCCUUGACGUGGAAAUCGUACGACCAGGACAAAUACUUUUCUGUCCUGUCCAAGGCGAAGAGGAGAGGAGUAAAACUUUACACCGGUGCCUUUCAGAAACCUGCACCAUUCUUCGGUUUUGGAGACAACUUCAAAAACCACCUUGCCUUGCUCGAGGUCUGGAUGACUAGAGACCACCUUCUGGAUCAGAUCAACAAAGCUUACUAUCUUGCUGAUGUCUUCGAAUUCAUGGCUUCGUUCCCCGGCAUGGCAAACUUUACCGGCUACCAGCUCUUGCUGAACCUCGGCUACACCGAGCUCUUGCAGUUCUCCGGUAUGGACUUUGUCGUACCUGGACUAGGUGCUCAGUCGGGUCUCGUAAAGCUUUUCGGUGAUAGCUUGAAGAAGGCGAAGGCGAAUGUCCCUGGCAUUGAGGUCGACAUCAUUGAGUGGAUGGCGAAGCAUCAGAAGCAACAUUUUCAGCGCUUGGGACUCCACUGUCCGGUAUUAGGGCGAGAUAAUCUGCCCAUGGAGCUUGCAGAUGUCGAACACGCUAUUUGUGAGGUCGACAAGUACCUGCGAAUGUCACAUCCAUCGCUGAAGGGAUUACACGAUCGCACGCACAACAAGAGGGCUAAUUUCAAGCCCUCGAGUAACUGUCCUGCGAUACCUACCCUUCCCAAGGCCUGGAGCCAUCCGGCCCGCAAAAUCAUCCGAGUUCGACCCAAGAGACCCCGGAUUAACAAACGCUACACCGUCGCCUACAUCGGAGACAUGGUGAAGGAUAAGAAGGGUAAGGUUCUCUACAAGGUGUUCUGGGAGAACUAUAGGGAUGAUCAGGCUACGUGGGAGCCGGAGGAUGAGCUGAUGGAGGAUGCCCCUUUGAAGGUGGAAGAGUUUUUGGAGAGCCGGAGGCACAGGCACUAAAUUUGUGUGAGUAUUUUUUUUCCCUGUUGGUUCUUUUGAAUUUUUCGUUGCUUUGCUGUCCAGUCCAUAAUGUAUAUCUAGCUGUAUAUAUCAUAAUCACGUCCUAUUUCUUGUGUAGUGUACCUGUCUCGAAGUAAUCGGAUACCAUCGUCG